AUGAAAGAAUUAAAAAACAAAUUCGAAAUCGAAAUGGUAAAUUUCCCAAGUUGGAAGAAUGUCUUGCUCUCUGGCACUCACAUGCUGAAACGGCUAAACUUUCUACAAGUGAUGAUAUAUUAAAA